AUGGGAGCAUUGAGGUGAGCUAUUUUGAAAAAAAAAAUGAAAAUUUGAAUUUUCUACAAAAACACACUGUUAUCAUUAGAGCGCAAUUGCUAUUUUUCCCAACAAAAAUUGUGAUUUCUCAAGGUUUCUAGGCAAAUUUUGGAGCUUUGAGCUAUGACGUGGCAAUUUUCAUCGAAAUUUUUGUAUCCGAAAGCUUUCGUGGAAUUUUUGAUGAGAUCAGCUGUGAGCCGAUUAUUUUUGGGUUUUCCAGAUUUCCAAGCACAUUUUUAAUUAAAAAUUUGCAUUUUUUAAAAAAUAUGUCUAGACAUUUUCAAAAUGUAUAGCCUUCUCCUAAAAAAAUUGAUCAAAAAUUGUGGCUCCAGAAAGAAAAUGUGCAAUUUUUGCUCCAGCGGAAAUCUGGAAAUGUGAUGGAUUUCCGGGGCCAAAAAGAGAGUUCUUGAAAAUUUUUUGGAGCCAAAUGUCUUAGGAGCUAUGACGUGGAAGAAACUUUUCUAGAAAAAAAAUUAAAAAAAAAUAAUUAUAGGUUUUUUCUAGAAUUCUGAAAAAUUAUGGCCACGUGGCAAUUUGAAAUUUAGAUUUUUCAACAAAAAAACCUAUGACGUGGCAUUUUGAAUUUCAAAUUAUCAAAUUUUCCGAUUGGCUGAAAAUUGAGGGAAAUUUGUAAGCUCAAAAGAGCAGCGAGCUAUGACGUGGCAAAAUUUUCCCAAUUUUGUUUCAAAUUUUGCUCAUUUUUUUCUCCCAUAAAAUGAAACCGGAUCCCCAAAAGUGAUUUUUGUCUGGCUGAAAUUCGAGGCCGAAAAGUCCCCGCGCGUUGUUUGUUAUUCGCAUUUAGAAUAUCCAGAGCUCUUUUUGCUGCUCACACACACACACACCGUGUUUUUUGUGUAUCAUAUUUUCGAGCUCUUUUUCGGAGCCAAAACUGGCCAGAAAAUUUGAUUAAAUUUCUCUGUUUUCCUUGUUUUUCUCUCGAAAAUUUUAUGCGAACUUUUUAUUCAGCCAGAAAAAGGAAAGGCAGAUGUUUUCAUGGAAACGAGCAAAAUUAGGAUUCAUGAAAAAAGUGCUCAUUGAAAAUUUAGUGCUUUUUUUGGAAAGUAAUUUCAAUCGGGUUAUUUUGGGACAAGUUUUUUGUGCAACAAACUAGUUGUCAAGUAGCUGAGCCUAGAAAACUUAGUUGUCAAAUAGCUGAGCCAGAAGAACCUUAUCUUCUAGGACCCAAGCCUUGAAAUUCAUUCUGACAAGCAGCCGCUCCUUGAGGCCCUCUUUGACUAGGAGCCGCGCCUAGAGGGCCUCAUUGACUAGGAAUCACGCCUAGAGAAUCUAGUUUUGAAGUAGCUGAGCCUAGAGAUGCUUAUCCUCUAGGGCCAAAGUCUUGAGAUUCCUUCUGACAAGCAGCCGAGCCUGGAAAAUAUUGUUGUCAAGUGUGAAGCGAUUUCCAAGCACUAAAUUUUCCCAUUUCCAAUUUCUAGUGUGUAAAAUUCCAAAAAGUGCUAAACGCAAUUAGCCGACACAAAAAAAGCGAAGGAAAACAGAAGUGCUUUUUUUCUGCCGACAACAAUUGAAAAGCCGGAACUAUUUACAAAUUUCUAAGAAUUAUAACAAUUUCAAUUCAAAAAAAAAGUUCACAUUGACCUCUUGCUCCAAUUAUCGCUUUGAAUUAUUUAUUUUCCGCCUUGCUUUUUUGUUGCGAAAAAAAGGAAAAAGAAGGAAAACUUUCUGGAGCAGAAAAAAAAGGAAAAAGGAAAGUGUGUACGAAUUUUCAAUUGAGCCAAUUUUGUACUUGUUGUGUUUUUUGGACCACUAUAUGGGGGAUAAUGAAGAGGGGAAAGGUGUUUUUUGAAAGAGAAUUUGGGAUUAGCUUUCAAGGAGCUAUGUCUAGAAACAGUAGAUCUAUAGGGUCGACCGCUUGCGACACAAGAUCUCAAGGCGUGGCCCCUUGUCAAAUUGAAUCUCAAGACACGAGCCCUAGACAACUACGUUCUCUAGUCUUAGCUACUUGACAAAUAGAAUUUCAACUGGUCUCGUCUGCCACGUCAUAACUAAAGAAAAAAAAUCAUAUUUCUCCAAUUUUAGACAUUUCUUUUACUACCAACGAAAAAUCCCGGAAAUGAAAAUAAUUGGAAAAUUAAUUGAAAUCGAGCACUGCUUCGCUUAUUUUUUAGAUGCGAUUUUUUUGCAGCCAAAAUCUAGCAUUUUCAGACACUUGAACAAUAGAGCUUGAAGAACCCUCGAAAAUAAAACAAGAAAUUUAUCCAAGCUUGGAGGAAUCUGGAUCUGAAUAGAUCUAGAUCUAGGUCUAAAUAGCUCACAUUUAGUAGAUCUAUGAAAUCUAAUUAGCUUCAUCGGAAUCCACUUAGAAGUCUAGAAAUCUGAGCUCGGGAAAUCGAAGGCAGACGUUCAGAAAUAGAUUUUAUAGUUAUGGAAAAUCUUAAAAUUACUGAUUUCUGAACUCAGAGCUCUAAAAAUUCCAGAACAAUCAGAAGUUCACGAGAAAACUUCAAGAGAAUUUCAUCGAAACUUCUACUGAUCUGAAUGAUUCUGUGAACAUCUAGAAGAACUGAAAACUUUGUGGAAAUCCUCCUCAAGAUUCUGAUAAUUCCUAGAUCUUUAGUCAAGUUCCAGAAGUCUGCAUUCAGAAUCGGAAGUUCUAGGUUCAGAGAUCAGUUAGCUCAAUCCUAGUCAUCUCUGAACUUCCACCUCAACCUUGGCAUCCUCCCACUUUUCAGACAUACGUUUUUGUCAAAAACCCAUUGAUCUGUAAAAUUUGCGGAAAUGUCUCUCAUGACGCGUCAAAAUUUCAGCUCACACCCAAAACUUUUCCGGUUCAAUUUAAUUUCGACCACAAUUUUUUUUUUGCCCGGGGCUCUUUGAGCUUUUGGAAAAUUGAGGGGACGAAAAUCAUAUGCUUUUUCGUUUUCCACUCACUUGAAAAUCAACAUCCACUUGUUGGAAGAACAAUGCGCAAAAAAAGCGGAACAAUACGGCGAAUUAAGGCAUGCUUGAUUAGCGAGAGAGAGAGAGAGACGCAGAGAAAAAAACAUGUGUUUUUUGCAGAAACAUUGGUCAUCAUAUUGCGAUAUCAGUUCGAAGGUUGCUCAAAUCGCCACGUGGAUUUUCUUCCAAAAUUCGAUUUGAUCAAGGUUUCGGAAGAGACAAUCAGGAUUUGAGGUAAGUGUGGAAGAAUAAUGACGUUUGGUUUUCUAGGCCAUUAUUUUCCAGCACACCCGAUUCAUCGCGAAGUGUCUCAUUCACCGAAGCCAUCACCUGGCCAUUCAUCGAUGAAGAUGUGGACGAGGAAACUGGCCUAGUUUUAGGCUAG